AUGAUUAUUGAUACAACAGAAGUACAAGAUAUCAAUUCUUUUUUCAGAUUGGAAUCUUUAAAGGAGGUCUAUGGAAUUCUAUGGGUAUUUGCCCCUAUCUUUACUCUUGUAUUGGGAAUCACCAUAAGUGUACUAGCAAUUGUAUGGUUAGAAAGAGAAAUAUCCGCAGGUAUACAACAGCGGAUUGGACCUGAAUACGCGGGUCCUUUGGGAGUUCUUCAAGCUCUAGCAGAUGGAACAAAACUACUUUUCAAAGAGAGUCUUAUUCCAUCUAGGGGAGAUACUCGUUUAUUCAGUAUCGGACCAUCCAUAUCAGUUAUAUCCAUUAUAAUAAGCUAUUCGGUAAUUCCUUUUGGAUAUAAUUUUGUUUUAUCCGAUCUCAAUAUCGGUGUUUUUUUAUGGAUUUCUAUUUCGAGUAUUGCUCCGAUUGGACUUCUUAUGUCAGGAUAUGGAUCAAAUAACAAAUAUUCCUUUUUGGGUGGUCUACGAGCAGCUGCUCAAUCGAUUAGUUAUGAAAUACCAUUAACUCUAUGUGUGUUAUCAAUAUCUCUACGUGCGAUUCGUUGAUACAAAAACUUC